AAUUCUAUAAUUAAGCAUUAAAUCAUGAAUAGCAAGUCAUCUGAUGAAGAAGAUUCUCAAAUUUUACCUGAUGACAUAUCAAAAAUCAAGCCAGGAAUGUUUAUUAGUGGCUGGGACGACUCGGAAAAUGACAUUGGAAUUGAAGAAGAUAAGAAUCCGCAUGCAACAUUAGAACGAGAGAUCUUAUGGGCAGCAUCAGAAGAAGACAAAAAUGAUUUAGUUGAAGAAAUAUUGUCAAAAGAUCCAUCACAAGUUCAUGCCGUCGAUCGUGAUGGAUAUACUCCACUCCAUAAAGCAGCUUACAACAAUAAUUACGAGUUGGCACAAUUGCUAUUCAAAUAUAAAGCAGAUCCGAACAAGAAAACUGAAUAUCAUUGGACACCUUUGCAUUCAGCAUGUAAGUGGAAUAACUCAAGAAUGGCAGCUCUUUUACUUCAGCACGGUGCAGAUAUAAAUGCUCGGUCGGAAGGCGAUCAAACACCUUUGCAUAUCACUACGUCAGUAUCGUCAUGCCGAGAUACGCUAGUUACGCUCUUUAUGAAUCCAAAAAUUGAUCCCGAUAUUAGAAAUAAUUCCAAUGAAAUAGCUUAUCAAAUAGCUAAACGUACUGGAAUGUCUUUUCCAUUAUUCGAUAUGGUUGAUAAAGCUCUAUUUAUAAAUACUGGGAUCAUUGAUUAAUAUAUUUAACAUUUCUGAGAAAAUCAUUCUUGUUUUGUGGCUUUUCAGCACAAAUAUAAUGACUGCGAUAGUUGGACUUUAAAGUAUUUACUUUUUGGCCUGUUGGAAGUGCGUCGGGCUUAUUUUACUUUACUGUUAAAUUCUAUUAUUUUGAAUCAGUUUGUUUCAUUGGCGG